AUGGCCAACGCGACUAGCCCUGCCACCGACCAGAUAGCACAGGCUAAGGAAUGGACUGAAACGCAAUACUCACAAGCCUACGACUACUCGCUUAGUGAUAUCCUACCAUGCCCCACGGCCCUCUUCCUCUGUGUAGGUCGCAUCACCAAUCUUCGCGUGGCUGUAGCAAACGGUGUGUCGCCUGCUGCCCUGCUGGUCUCUGCGGAGCGCACUUCGGAAAAGUUGAACCUGUUUGAUCCCGCCUGCUGGACCAAGGCCUUUAGUACCGUGCCCGAGCCUCGCAAGGUGAGGACUGUCUACGACACGGCAUUCAAACUCGCCACUAUACUAUAUGCCUUGCUCUCGCUCCCAACUGAGUUAUCGCAGCCUUUUGCCAAGAUGGGGCAAAAGCCAAAUCCAGAACGAAAAGAGAAGAGCAAACAGCAACAAGUCAGUGAGGUUAACCAAGCACGUCUCCACUACCGCAAACUUCUCUUUGGCAUCGUUGUACUUGGCAAGCGCCGCGCCAGUCUGGUCCAUGGCUGCCUGUGCUGGCCGCUUGCCGUGCUCGGCAUCGCAUACCAUGAUGGACCAGCGGAAACCAAGGCGGCCAUCUUGACCGUCGCCGACGAGCUGCGCAGGGUGCCCGUCGGCAGCAGCGGCCCAAGCAAUAUCUUGUUCACACUUUCUCGUUUUUGGGCUUCGGGGAAAACGCGCUGGGACGAAUGCUUUGAUACACCGGUACACGUCUUGCUUUGA